GAGGAUGUGCACAUGGCGGAUUUGGACGCGACGUCCACCGAUUGGUCGUCGUCGGAUUCCGACGAUUCGGAUAUCGACGAGCUGCUCAACGACGAUGAGACGGAGAUGAUGCUGCUCCUGUUCGGCUUGAAGCAAACGGAGGACCGCAUGAAGCUGCUGGAUCAGCGGAAAGGAUCCGUGAUGGGGCGUAUGUGCAUUCCGCGGAACCGCGCGCUCGGCCACGAGCAGCUGAUGCAAGAUUAUUUCGCCGAGGUACCGACCUAUCCUCCCCGCCUCUUCCGUAGACGGUACCGAAUGCGUAGGACUUUGUUCGAGAAAAUCGUCAAAGAUUGCGAGGCAAAUUGCGAUUAUUUCAAGCAAAGAAGAAAUGCUGCCCAAGUCAUGGGAUUUAGCCCAUACCAAAAAAAUUCUGCCGCCAUGAGGGUUAUUGCAUACGGUAUACCAGCAGAUUAUACCGAUGAGUACCUUCGCAUUGGUGUGCAAACAACCACGGAUUGCGUGCGUAUGUUUGCCAAGAUGGUGAUCAAGUUGUAUGGAGAGAAGUAUCUCCGAGCUCCAAAUGAGGAUGAUACAAAAAGGCUCAUGGAGAUCAAUGAAAAGAGGGGGUGGCCGGGGAUGCUUGGUAGUUUGGAUUGCAUGCAUUGGACAUGGAAAAAUUGUCCAAAAGCAUGGCAUGGCAUGUAUUGUGGCAAAAGCCGUGAUGCUACCAUUGUUCUUGAAGCUGUGGCCUCUCAAGACUUAUGGAUUUGGCAUGCUUUUUUUGGAUUGCCGGGGACACUCAACGACAUCAACAUCUUGAAUAGAUCCCCUUUGUUUGCAAGACUAGUUAAGGGUGAUGUUCCACCUUGUAACUACAAAGUUAUGAACAAUGAGUACACCAUGGGGUACUAUCUCACAGAUGCUCAUCGAGGCAUUGAAAAUGCCGAGACUCAUCACCAGCUCACCCAAGAUUUGAUUGAACACCAUUGGCAGUUGCAUGGCCAAUGA